AUGUACCUUCCAUUUAAAAGUGGAAAUUAUUUCUUUAUUUCAGGGAGUCUAUCCCAGCUACUCCAGAGUAAAUGGGGGCCACUGAAAGAUGCUGAGAAAACAAUUGUUUAUUACACAAAACAGAUUUUAGAAGGCCUUAAAUAUUUGCAUGAUAAUAAAAUAGUCCAUCGAGAUAUCAAAGGAGAUAAUGUUCUAGUGAAUACUUACAGUGGAGUUCUGAAGAUCUCUGAUUUUGGAACUUCAAAGAGAUUAUCAGGAAUCAACCCAAAUGCAAACACAUUAGCAGGUACAAUGCAAUAUAUGGCACCGGAGGUUAUUGACAAAGGUGUCCGUGGUUAUGGACCACCUGCUGAUAUUUGGUCCUUUGGCUGUACAGUUGUGGAAAUGGCUACUGGAAAACUUCCAUUUACAGAGCUUGGUCUUCCACAAGCAGCUAUGUUUAAAGUUGGAUAUUAUAAAAUUCAUCCUGCAAUUCCUGAAAGCAUGUCAGAGUCGGCAAAAAGUUUUAUAAUGCGUUGCUUUGUUGCAGAAGCUGAAAAACGUGCUUCAUGUGCAGAAUUAAUAAAGCAUCCAUUCCUUUCCUUAACCAAAUCAAAGGGCAAACGAAAUCAAGCAGAAGUAUUGAACCGAAGUACGUCAGUUCAAACUGCAAAGGAAUCAUCUAAAAAUAAGUUUCAAGACAGAUUAAAAUGUCCUCCGUCAACAAGUAUGGAGAACUUAAGAGAUGCAGAAAAUACUGAUGAAUUGAGUCCUUCUUACUCCAGAUCGAAGAGUGUUGGCUUUAUGCCAAGUCAGAGUGUUCAGUCCGCACGUUCCAGUUCUCCUUGCACACCUGAUACAAUUCGUGAUGAACCUUUAGGAUCGCAAUCAUCUUACACAUCCAAUGUUGGCUCAAACAAGUUCUACCUUCUCUGCAAAGACUCUGAACGGAGAGAAACACUUGUGGAUAUUUUUACCACAGACAGGAAAAAGAUUCUUGAAAAAUGGUUUUCUUGUUUAGAGAGAGAAGUUCCUGAUACAAAAUUAACAAUAGAACAUUUGGACUUGUUACUAACAGGACUACGAGAACAGAUUCAUUCUCCACAUACCAAAGAACCUAUUACAAAAGCAGUUGAUGAACUGAAUAAGCAGUUGGAAUUUGAUGCAACGGCUCUUGCAGAAACCCAGCGAGCUUUGUAUGUUUUGCAAGAAGCUGCCAAUGCUUGUCUCAAGUCUCACAAUAUUCAACCCCACUGGAUGUUUGCAUUGGACAACCUUCUUCGAUGCUCCAUAGAAUCUGCCAUUCACAUCCUUGCCCCUGAAUUGGCUGCUAAUAUGGCAGGUACACAAGAAGAAACACCCCUGGUAUCUGCCACCUCCCUCUCAAGUUCAUACAAGUCUAAUCAAUUUCCGUUUCAUGGAGCAACUGCUGCUUUGGAAACAUUACAACAAGCCAAAGAAGAAAACCAAAAACUUUUACAACAACUGGUUGAUGUUAUUCAGUCAUACAAUCAAAUAAUUACAGAAUGGAUAAAAGACAAAAAGUUACAGAGUGACCAUUUCAAGGCCCUUUCUAAUAGUGAUACUGAGAGUUGUCCUUCUCUCGACUCUCCUGAACUUGUGGAUGAGCAACUGGUCAAUUGGCUGAAAGAAUGCCCUGUGGAUGAAGAAACAAUUAAACUGAUUAUCUAUGAGCAAUACACAUUUAGCGAUUUUGUGGAGUUUGUAACACUGGAAGAAUUACAGUCUUUACACAUAAAAAGAGGAGUUGUAUAUCGGAUAUGGCGAGCCCUGAAGACUUUGAGAAGCAAACCCCCACAAACUUCACAGAUUCUGAACAUGAAGCUCAUGUGA